CGUCCUGUAAGCACUGAGCUCUAUAAAACCAAGACAGGCACAUUAAGCUGGUACCAUCUACAACUCAUUCACAAAUUUGUGAAACGAUACAGCAAAGGAACCUUCGGGAACUUUAAAGGAUACUCUAAGGGAAAAUGGAUCCUUGUGAUUGCUCAAAAACUGGAACUUGCAACUGUGGUGCCAGCUGCAAGUGCACUAACUGCAAGUGUACAACCUGCAAGAAGAGUUGCUGUUCUUGCUGCCCAUCAGGCUGCAGCAAGUGCGCCUCUGGAUGCGUUUGUAAGGGCAAUUCCUGUGACUCCAGCUGUUGUCAAUGAGGAGGUCGACGCGCCGUUUGCUACAAUGUGAACUCUGUCCGAACUUCGUGUCUUCAUUGUACAUUAAUGUCUUUUUGAAAUAAUAAAUGACCUCCAGUUACUAUCA